UUCACAGUAAAAGCUCACUUAUUGACUAGAUCAGGUGUAUAUUUGAAAAGUGUAUUUCAAAGAAACUUUUGUUGCAGUAUUUGUGGUGCUUGUGAAAUAUCGUAAGAUGGAAUAUCAAACCGCCACAGUAGAUCUCGCAAAGUUGGAGAAAGUCCGUCCAUUAGGUAAGUCCCUGUUUUCAACUCACUCAUAUCACAGUAAGCGCUAAUUAACCUCAUAGGUAAAAUGGAAGAAUUCUCCUCCGCCCGUUAUCACCUGGAUCUUUUCAAAAACGUAGGAAUAACAAACACCUUCACAUUCACGCAGACAUCCUCCUUAUUCUCGCUUAAGGACUUGGUGUUUUAUGCCUUGACCAAUGUUUUACAAAAGAAUGUCAACCUCUCUACCAUCGUCGUAGAUAGAGCUUCUGAUGCUCCUUAUUUCGCGAGACUUCCUGUUGUGAAUCUUGAGAAAGUUGUAAAGUUCCUUGAGAGGAAGAUUUUGUUGAAUGAAGAUGCUGCAGUUGGUGAGGAACUUGACGAUUUACUUGAGAUAGAGAAUAAUACCUCUUUCAAAUCCCAGUACGGACUGUUGCCUCUUUGGAGACUUGUUAUUUUGAGCCAUCUCUCUGUAUCCAGUGUCUUCACAGCUUCGUUCUUUUUCCAUCAUGCUUUGGGUGAUGGUACAUCAGCGCUUGUUUUCUUGAGUGAUUUCCAAGAAGGAUUAAAUUCACUUUAUGCCGGUGUUAAAGCUAGUAGUGUGUUAUUCAAACCAGAGAAGAAUUCAAUACUGCCAAGUCUCGAGGCCCUACUCCCUCAUCCAUAUAUCCCAUCACACUCUCACCAUCCCGAGAACCUCAUCUGGACAGGAGAAUGUAACCGAGCACCAACUUCAACCUGUGGCAAGUUCCACACCCUCGUUAUCAACAAGGAAACCAGUCUCAGAAUAUUUCAAGCUUGCAAAGUUCAUAAAACAACAAUCACAGCACUUCUCACAGUCCUCGUCGCCAACUCCCUCUUCCAAAUCUUACCUGAGAGGUACACACAGCUAGAUUGCACUAUUCCAGUGAACAUCCGAAACCUACUCUCUCUAGAUAAAACAUCCUUCGGAGUCUACAUCGACGCCUUGAAUUUGCACCUCACUCGCCGCGAGCAAGAAAACUUCAAUUGGGCACAAGUCAUCCAAGUCAAAACCAAAAUAUCAGAGUAUUUUACCAAAGCGAAGAAAGGGAAAAUCAACGUAGCAGGCUUUGAAAACAUCCCAUCAAUGAUAGGCUUUUUCCAGAAAAGGUUUGAAGGUGAAAGAAAUGAGAGUUUUGAUGUUUCGCAUUUGGGGGCUGUGAAGAGCGGUGGGGAUGAGAGUUGGACGUUGGGGAGGACGGUGUUUAGUAGGAGUGUGUUUGUUAGUGGUGCUGCGGUGAGUGUUGGAGUUGUUACUGGUGGGGAUGGGUGUAUGGUUCUGAGAUUUGGGUGGCAGGAAGGGGAGAUGCAUUGUUUCAAAAAGACGAGUUUGUAGAUAUUGAUUUUGAUGUUGUGGAGAGGGGGGUUGUUGAAGAGAUGAUUGGGAAUCUGGGGGCGGUUGUAGAAAAGGUUGUGAGGAGUGAGUUGGUAUUGUAA